AUGGGAUCGACUGGUCCAAAGGGAGAAAAGAUGAAGAAAUCAAUGGAGGAAAUACUUAAAUCUUCUGAUUUCAUGAUCAAUCCGCAACAAUCUCUGCAUUCAACUCAGAUUAAUGGAGUUCAAACUCGUCAUCUCAGUAGUUCUCAAAUCUCUGGUAAUGGUGCUAAUAAACCCCCUAGGGUUUCCUGGGCUGAAGAGGUUGAAUUUGAGGUAACUUCUUCAGAUUUUCCUCUGUUUCAAAGUUCUUCUUCAAAGUCAAGAAUUCAUGAUUCAGCUUCAGAGAUUUCAAAUCUGAUAGCUGGUCCGGAUACUGUUACAUUGAUUUCUGAUGUGAGGAAUUAUGUAGAAGUCAGAUCUGUUGAUAUAAAUGGGAAAAAUGUGCUUACUAAGGAUCAUCAACCUGAUUCUGUUUUUAAUGAAUCUGUGUUUUUGCAUCUGGAAGAAAAAGAGGAUGAACCAGUAAAGGAAAAAGUUAAUGAUGUGUUCCUGGAAAAUGAGAAUGAACCUGUAAAGGAAAAAGUCAACGAUGUAUUACAGGAGAAAAUAGGAACUGAAACCAGUAAAACGUUUGUUAGCCUCUUUUCUGAUAACAGGAAAUCAGGCAAUGGAUUAUCCCUAAGCUACAUGCCAUCUUCCCUUACAAAUACUGCCUCUUUUACUGCUGAUGAAUGGAAGCAAGGUGAAGAAUUAUGGAUAAAUGCCUUAAUUGGACAUGUUAUAGGUUUGAAUGUCAAGUUUAAGUCAAUGGAAUCCUAUGUUAACAUGCUAUGGGGUAAAAUCUCUAUACCUAAGAUCUCUCUUAUCAAACAAGGGUUAUUCCUAUUUGAUUUUCAAACUCAAAAGCAAAUGAAUGAUAUUCUUGAGGCAGGGCCCUGGUUUUUUGGAUCAAGACCUUUAAUGUUGAAGCCAUGGAGUAUUGAUACAGACAUAGAAAAGUUUCAGGAUUUUUCCUAUCCAAUGUGGGUCCAAUUUCCAAGAUUAAGACUUAAUCUUUGGAGCUCAACUGGUAUUAGUAAAAUUGCUAGCCUAAUUGGGAAACCUAUUACUACUGAUAAGCUCACGGCCACUAGACAGAGAUUGAGUUAUGCUAGAGUUUUAAUAGAGGUGAAACUCCCUUUUAAAGAGCCUUUGCCUGAUUUUUUGAAAAUUGAAGGGCCUGAUGGAAAAAGCUAUAUGCAGCAAGUUUUGUAUGAAUUUAAACCUAAGUGGUGUUCUACAUGCAGUAUGGUUGGUCAUGAUACUGAACAGUGCAGAAGAAAUAAAACUAAGAAGGUGUGGGUUCCUGUUAACAGGCAGACUGGAAAUGCUACAAAUGGAAAUGUUGAACAUGUAUCUAAUUCUGGAUCUGGCAAGGAGUCUGAGAAUGUAAUAACUUCUAAGGAUCAUGUUAUUAGUUCAUCAAAUCAGGAAGCACAAUCUGUUGAGAAACAUGCACAGAAUGUAAAACAUGCACAGGAAGAUACUGCACAGACAAGGAGAAACUGGGAGAGCAAUUUUGGUUUGAGUGAAAGGGUAACCACCCCUAGCUCAAAUCAAUUUAUGCAAGUGAAUGAACAUGCCCUGUAUCAGCAAGACUUCUCCCCAAAAGCAUCUGGCUUCCAACAGAUCAGUCCAACUGUUAAUGCAUCAGGGUUUAUAAGUGUGAACAGAAGCAACAUAGCAAGGAGAGUUAAUAUAAUUGCACCAGUUACUUCAGCUCUUUUGGAAACAAAGCUCUCUGAGAACAAGUUGCAAAGUCUAGCAAGCAAAAUUACUAAAAGUUGGAAAUGGGUCUCUAAUGUGCAAGAAGCUAGAAAUGGUAGAAUAUGGAUUCUUUGGGAUAGUGAUAUUUUGGCAGUCAAAAAUGUUAUCUUAUCAGAACAAUGUAUUACAUGCACUAUUGAAUCCAGGGAUGGAAGGUUUACCAGUCUAUGCACUAUAGUAUAUGCUUCAAACCAAAUGGCUAGCAGGAAAAAUCUAUGGAGGGAUUUACUUAAUUUAAAGCAAGAUGUUAUUAGUCCAUGGAUUAUUGGUGGAGAUUUCAAUGCUAUUGCAAGUAGUGAAGAGAAAAUUGGAGGGUUGCCAGUUACUAAAGCUGACAUUGAGGAUUUUCAAAGCUUUAUUAACACUAGUCAGCUGUUGCAUUUAAGAUCUACUGGUUCUUACUAUACUUGGUGUAACAAACAAGAGGCUGAUAGCAGAAUCUGGUCUAGACUGGAUAGAUGCUUGGUUAAUGAGAACUGGAUCCACUCGUACACCUCAAGUCAGGUGGAAUAUCUCAUGCCAAAAUGCUCUGACCACUCUCCGGCAUUAUUAACCAUAGAAGAUGAUAUUUUUGAGGGUAAAAGGCCAUUCAAGUUCUUCAAUAUGUGGGUUAAGCAUCCAGAUUUUAUCUCAACAGUAAAUUCUAUAUGGGAGCAAAGCAGUGAAGGCUACAAUAUGUUCAGGUUUCAUACUAAGCUCAAAAAGCUUAAACAUGCCCUCAAAGAGCUAAAUAAAAAUCACUUCAUGAAUAUAAGUGAACAAGUAUGUAGAGCUAAGGAAGAUUUAGCAGAUAUUCAAAGGCAGUUGAAUGAUGAUCUUUUCAACUCAGAUUUGAUUGCAAGGGAAAAACAAUGCAUCAAAAAAUAUGACAGAUUGAUUGAUUGUGAAUCUUCUUAUUACAAGCAGAAAGCUAACAUAAACUGGAGCUUGCAAGGGGAUAAGGGAUCAAGAUUUUUUCAUUCUAUCAUGAAGAAGAAAAGGCACCUCAACAGAAUAUUGACUCUAUACACUGAUAAUGGGACUAGAAUUACUGACAGAUCUGAAAUUAUUACAGAAAUCAUUGAUUACUACAAAAAGAUUUUGGGUACUUCUGUUCCUACUGCAACUCCUGAUCCAGAAGUGAUAGUAAAUGGACCUCUUCUCUCACCUGAACAGAGGCAAAUGCUCAGUCUUCCAGUAACAAGAGAGGAAAUAAAACAAGCAGUUUUUUCUAUGUCUAAUGACAAAAGCCCUGGUCCUGAUGGUUACGGUGCACUCUUCUUCAAGGCAUCUUGGAAUGUUAUAAAAGAUGAGCUUUAUGCAGCAGUGGAGGAAUUUUUUAGCUCUGGGAAGCUUCUUGGUGCAUUCAACUCUACCUCCAUCACAUUGAUUCCAAAAAUCUUUGAUCCUCAGUAUGCUGCAGAUUACAGGCCAAUAUCAUGCUGCAAUUGUAUUUACAAGAUCAUCACAAAAAUCAUUGCAUCCAGAAUUCAAAAGGUAAUGGGAUCCUUGAUAAGUGAAGCUCAGAGUGCAUUUGUUAAAGAAAGCACAUUUCCCCUAGAGCUUAGCAAUAUUCUUCUAGCUCAUGAAAUAGUCAAACACUAUGGUAGAAAGCACAUUUCCCCUAGAGCUGUUUUGAAUAUUGAUUUAAGGAAAGCAUUUGAUACCAUUAAUUGGGAUUUUAUAAGAGCUAUGUUGAAAGGAUUAGGAUUCCCUGAUAUUAUGAUUUCUUCGAUUAUGGAAUGCAUUUCCACUCCUAGAUUUUCCAUAUCCAUUAAUGGAGUUCUUCAUGGCUACUUUCAAGGAGCUAGAGGAUUAAGACAAGGUGAUCCCAUUUCUCCAUAUUUGUUUGUUAUUGGUAUGAAAUACUUGUCUCGCAAGCUAAACACUCUUAAGAAUGAUAGACUGUUUAAAUUCCAUCCCCAAGUGUUCAAGAUUGAAGUUGUCACAUUUAAUCUUUGCGGAUGA